CCAGGACCCCGUGCUCGUCCCCCGUGCCCGUGGGGUGGUGCGGGGCCGCCUCUCCUCAGCCCAGCCUCCCGUGGGCAGGCCGCCGGUGGUGCGCUGGCCUCUCCCACGUGGAAAGCCCUUCGGGGCACCGUGGAGCAAGCGCUGAAGCCGAGUGUGUGGAGGGGCGUGGGGCUGUCCCCCGCUAACCUCGGCCCUUGGUGGCGGGGGGUGAGAUACGGCUCCACGCGGGAGCAGCGGCCCCUGCCCCUCGCAGCGCCAGCCGCGGGUGGGGAUGAGGAAGGGCUGCCCCGAAGCAGGAACGGCGGCGGAGAGCUUCCCCCACCAGCCCUGCCGGAGGGCUCUGGAGUGGUGGGUGACUCCCGUACCUCCCACGAGGGCCUGGCCCCACGGAGCCAGCCACGGCCGUGGCACAAGUCGCACGAGAGAGGAGCCAGGCAGGCUGUGCCAGCCAGCACGAAGCUGUGGAGCUCGCGAGAGGGUGACUUCUCAAAGGCGAGGAAGAGGCUGGAACGAAAGCCUCUGUCUAUCGAGAGGACUAAAGGCUCAGAAAUCUUAUUUGGGAUCGCACCGUGUUGCCUGGCCCUCUCUCAGUCGAGAAGGGACCUGUUCAGGUUGUUCCUCAAGCAGAGCAGCGGCUCUCGGCGGCUUGUGAUGAGCGAGUUUGUCCUUCAGGCCACGGCCCGCGGAGUCCCUGUGCACCACGUCAAAAGGAGGGAGCUGGAUGCGCUUUGCAGAGGUCAGGUCCACCAGGGAGUUUGUUUGGAGGCCACUCCUCUCCGUUUCAAGAGUUUGGAGGAAGCUGAAAAGCCUGAUCUGGGGGAUGAAAAGAGUGUGAACCGACAGCUGGUUUGGCUGGCGUUGGAGCAGAUCCAGGAUCCCAUGAACUUGGGGGCACUGCUGCGCUCGGCAUACUUCCUGGGGGUGGACAGAGUGGUGACAAGCCAGAGGAACAGCUGCCCUUUGACUCCAACAGUGAGCAAAGCUAGCUCUGGAGCCAUGGAAGUCUUUGAUGUCUACAGCACGGAUGAUCUCCGGAGCUUUUUGAAGACUAAAACUGCAGAAGGCUGGGAAGUCGUGGGAACGGUCAGCAAGCCUGAGGACGCGGAAAAUAUUCCUGUCAUCAGUUGCUUGGAAUUUCAGUGGAAUAAACCUGUUAUUAUAGUAAUAGGUAGCGAAGGCGACGGACUUUCAUUAGAGACGCAGCUCUUGUGCCAUCGGAUGCUGGCCAUACCCCCUGGCAGAGCGCUUCACCCCGGGAUCGAGUCGCUGAAUGUCUCUGUUGCUGCUGGUAUUAUCCUGCACUCCAUCUGCAGCCAAAAGCUGAGGCACAGUGAUUGAAUCUUUGUUCAACGGGGGAAGCUGCUCGGCGCUUCAUGGCUGUGCGCUGUUGGUGUGGAUAUGGUAGCGCUCUUUCCAGGGUCCUCACCGUCGCUGCAAGUCACAGGGAGAGCCCCAUUAACCUGAGCUGCGUCUUGGCUGACACACGGUACCACCAGAACCCUGGCUUAAUGCUGAAGUCAGACACCUGCGUGUACUAGGUAACACCUCCCACUGGCACCUCGGAGGAGCGUCCCUAAGGAAGAGAUACAAAGCUAGGUUUUAAAAGCAGACAGCCAAAUCCUUCAGUUCUUGCAGUAAAAUGCCCGGUGAUGGCUGCGAGCUUUGUGCUUGUUGCAUGGGGCACUUUGUACAUCGCUGGUGCUGUGGAGAGAAUUUGGGCUGUAGAUGAGAGUCGGUGCUCGGUUGGUGCAGCCACUGAGAGCAGCCGUUCCCUGUGCCCACCCUGUGCCCCGUGCCUGAGCCCACCACCCCCUUAGCCGAGAGGGUGCUGGUAAGAACCAGGGAUGAUUUGGGACUACUCGGUAGCAAUUUCUUCACAAUGGGGCAAUUUCUCUGUUACAUAUUGCUGCUUGAAGGUCUAAAAACAUAGUGUCGUAUCUGGCUGUAAACCAGGUCUGCAGCCCUGCCACAGGAUGGACGUGAGCUGUUAGAAAACAGCUGUAGUGGAGCAAAAUGCAGCCCGUUGAAAUAAAGCCUCUGUAAAGACUG